AUGGCAACCCCUUCACCCACAGACCUAAACGCCUCCCGCGAAGCAGACUACAAGCGCUUCAAGAACUAUGCAGCCUACACAUUCCUAAUCGGUGCACCGAUCCUAAUCGCCCUCCCACCACGCAAACUCGACCCUCUCACCGUCCUAGUACUCUGCUCCUUCGGCGCGUCCGCCAACCACAUCGUGCACGAACGCACAGGACGCAGCAUAAUCGACCGGAUUGACGCGCGCAUUUCCAGCAUGCAGCGCUCAUUCUCUUCCCUACCGAGCGAGCGCGCGCAGGAGAUCCAGGCACGACUCCGGGCCGCGCGGGAUGCGCAAAUCCGCAUCGCUGAGCAUGAACAGUUGAAGGCGCGGAUUUUGUCGCUUUCGGAUAAGCAGCGCCGGGAGCCGGAUCCGGUUUUGAUGGAGGAGAUUCAGAAGCUGAAGGCGAGACAGGCGCAGGAGGAGGACGUUGUGCGGCGGCUUUGGAUGGGUGGGGAGUCCGAGGGGUGGAAGGAGAGGAGAUUGAGGGAAGAGCAGAAGGCGCUUAGUGAGGGGAAGGGAUAUGGGGAUUUGAUUCAGGAACAUAUUUGGGAUGUUUGGACUUGGGGUGGGAAGGAUGGGAAGGCUGGUGAGGGUGUUACGGAUGAGAAUGUGGCUGAGAAGAAGGAUUGA